AUGGCUGAGAUUCCCAAACUGCGCGUCGGCUUCCUGGGUUUGGGCAUUAUGGGCGAGGCCAUGGCCCGUAACUUGCUGAAGAGUGGCUUGUUUGCUUCGGUGAUGGUUUGGAACCGAACGAUGGCUAAGUGUGCGCCGCUUGUGGCCGAGGGCGCUCAGUGCGCAGAGACACCUGCAGCAGUCGUGGAUUCUUGCGAUGUCACGUUUGCUAUGCUGGCUGAUCCGAGCGCGGCCUUGGAGGCGGUGUUUGGCGACAACGGCGUGCUUGCUGCAAUUGCGCCUGGCAAGGGGUAUGUUGAUAUGUCAACGGUUGAUGAGGCGACAUCGACCAAGAUCGGCGAGGCCAUUGCCACUAAGGGUGGCAAAUUCCUUGAGGGCCCCGUCUCCGGCAGCAAGAAGCCCGCCAUUGACGGGCAGCUCAUCAUCAUGGCCGCGGGCGACAAGGAGCUGUAUGACCUUGUGCAGUCCGCCUUCAACGUCAUGGGCAAGAAGUCCUUUUACCUGGGCACCACUGGCGCAGCUGCCCGCAUGAAGCUUGUGGUCAACAUGGUUAUGGGUUCUAUGAUGGGUGCCUUUUGCGAGGGCAUGGCGCUAGCUGACAAGGCUGGUCUGGAGCAGUCUGCCCUUUUGGAGAUCCUAGGCCUGGGCGCCAUGGCCAACCCCAUGUUCGCUCUCAAGGGUCCCGCGAUCAUGAGCCGCAACUACCCACCCGCCUUCCCGCUCAAGCACCAGCAGAAGGACCUCCGUUUGGCCCUAGCGCUUGGUGACGCGCUUAACCAGCCGCUGCCGGUGGCGGCCGCUGCCAACGAGGCCUUCAAGAACGCCAAAGCCAAGGGACACGCAGAUGAAGACUUCGCUGCUGUGUACGAGGCGACACAGCAGAAGUGA